ACGUGCACGAUUACCUAGACAGUUAUUGAAAGUAAUGUUUUCAAACUUUAUAACAGAUUAUUGGGUUUGGCUAUUAUCGAACCUAGGUAAGUAUAUUCCCCAGUUACUAUUAUUAGUUAGUUUUGCAACAGUGGCGCCACCUCAAAACAAUACCGACUAACCUACGACAACACAUUCCAUCAUAAAUUUCAUAAAUUAACACCAAAAAAUCAAAAAAACAAACAUGGAUUCGUCACAGUUCAUCCUUAGCACGUUACGACAGGACAUAACGGAACACGACCUGCAACUUAAGGCGCUCAUCCAGGACAUCACCGCAUGCGCGGGACCGCUAUCCGAAUUGCACGUUCUGAACGGGGCGGGACGUUCGAAAAUUUCCGCGCUCAGGAAGUUCAUCGACAAAUUCGGCGACAUCGCCAAAGAAAAUCGAGAUGUCGUGUUGCUAAAAGAGGUCGUGCUCUACAGAGAACAAUUGGCCAGUAACAUGGACGCGUUCAAAAAAGCCAACAUAAAAUCGAUGUUAGCAAUAGAAAAAGGUAUAAAAGAGGAACUAAUGAAGCCGGUGAAUGAAGAAACUGCACUGCGACAGAGACAGAAACGCGACAAAGAGUCUAUUGCAAAAUUAAGCUCCAAUGUAACAGAACAAUUGCUCUCGAUCAGUCGACAACUUGCCGAAACCACUCAAAGAAGUGCCGACACGUUGAACACGUUAGUCACGUCAUCUGACAACGUAAUCGGAACCCAAGAAGAAUUGAAGACAACGUCGGGAGUCAUCAGUCAAAGUGGAAAGUUAUUGGCGAAGUAUGGAAGACGGGAACUCACAGAUAAAAUACUAACUUUUAUUGCUUUUGCGUUCUUCAUCGCUUGUGUUAUUUAUAUUGUACAAAAGAGGAUGUUCUAAAUUGUGAUAAUUUGACGGGACUCAAUUAAAUUAUUGUAUUUAUUA